AAUAGUAACCAAACAAAAUUAAAUUCUUUUAUUUUCCAGAUAGAAAUAAUAGUUUCGUUUUAUUUGUUGUUAUUUAUUAUGUUUAUCUAUGAUAAUGAUUUAGUAAUUCGUGGUUCAGGAAUUUAUAAUGUAUGAAAAUUAUGAAGUUCAUCCAAAAACACAAGAGAGUUUUUAAAUGCAUUACUUUAUCAGUCAUGGGAUUUAGUGCAGGGUGGAUGUAUUACCAAUUGAAUCGAACAAGAUACACUUUAAACAAUGCCAUGGAUACUUCUGUUUUGGAAGAAAUGGAAAAAAAUAUUUCAAAUAAAGAAAGUGCAGAGCAAGAAAUUGUGCAUAUUAAACCCUUUAUAGAAUCCAAGCAAAAUAAUGCAAUAAGCAAGUUUUGUGAUACUUUAAAAUUUAUUUAUGCUAGACGUUUACUCGCAGUGGCAAAAAGCACUGAAAAAUACUUUAGGUUAAAGGCAAUUAAUCAACUUUCCUCAUUGAAUUAUUUAACUGAUUGGCAUUGCGAAUUAAUUGCUAACAUGGUGGAUCCUCACACUGCAGUUGCAUUAGCUCGGAUUAAACACACUGAUGAAAGAUUUUUCCUUGAGCCACCAUACAGAUAUCAUAAUUACGACAAAGACAUUCUAAUUAAUGCCAUGAGGGAAUUUUUAAUCACUGUAUAUGAGAAGUCACGACAUCCUUGUGUCGGUUAUUUUUUAUCAAAGGCUUUUGUUUAUGAACAUGACAGUAGUCAUAUAGUUGAUCAUGACACAUCAUGCUUAGAAUUAAGUAAAUUUAUUCAAACAGAAAAGGAGGUUUUGCCCUUAUGCCUGGAGUCUCUUCUCCAUCAUGUCAGCUUGGAAAAUUAUUCUACGGAUGUUGCCGACUUAAAUGGUUUGCCAUUACUUAUGGAAGUACAGAGGCGGUAUAAAGAUAACAUUAAUAUAACUAUUAAACUAUGUCAAAUCUUAUCUUAUAUGUCACUCCACAAGAAUCUUCUACAGUCCAUGUACACAUCAGGAUGGAUUGGUAUUCUUGCAAAAUGGACACACCAUGAGGAUAUCAGAAUAUCAGUACCAGCUGCAAAAGCUCUGGCAAAUUUAGAUAGAGAUAAUGAGGCCCAGUACUCCAGUUCCCUUUACUUAUUGCAUCCUUUACAUAAAUCUAAUUAUACUGAAAAUGCUGAUGUGGUAUUUAUACAUGGUCUUUUGGGAGGAGUUUUUUACACUUGGCGACAAAGAACUAACAAUAAGACCAAACAUAAACAAAAAGAACAUCUUAAGUUGUCAACUAAAGAAUAUAUUGAAAAUAUAAAAGACUUAAUUGUGCCAGAUGACUUUGAAAUUGUAUGGACUGACAUCCCAUUAAAUUCUAGUCAAAACUGUGCCGGCCCUUUCACAUGCGAAAGUCAGAAAAUAAAAGAAUAUAAGGCAGAUGACAGUUACACUUACUGCUGGCCAAAGGACUGGUUAGCAAAUGACCUUAAAAAUAUAAGAAUUAUAGGAAUAAAUUAUGAUACUAGCUUAUCAAUGUGGGCACCAUUGUGCCCACUUGAAAAAGAAAAGUUAACUUUGGAUGAAAGAAGUGAUAUGCUGGCUCAAAAGUUAUUGCAAUGCAAUUUAGGUAAUAGACCUAUUGUAUGGAUUACACACUCAAUGGGAGGUCUCAUUGUUAAAAACAUUCUAUCUAAGGCUUUCCAAAGCGAUAAUCCGGACCUAAAAAGGGUAUGUACCAAUACUAAAGGCAUAGUAUUUUACAGUACUCCUCACCAUGGUUCCAAAGCAGCCAGUUUAAAUCAAGCUGCAUCACUAGUCCUAUGGCCAUCUGUGGCCGUACAGGAACUGAGAGAAAAUUCACCAAAGCUAAAACAAAUUCACGAAGAGUUUUUGGAAAUGACAAACAAGAUUCCUAUGAAGGUGAUUACAUUUGUUGAAACCAAACCAAUAGUGGUGACAGCUAUGAAAUUUAAUUUUGUAUUGGUCGAGCCUCAAUCUGGAAAUCCUGGAGUGGGAGAAUAUUAUGAAAUUCCACAAGAUCAUCUUGGGAUUUGUAAACCUGAAAGUAGGUAUUCAUUUCUUUAUCAAAGGAUAUUGCACCUGUUAGAAGAAAUUACAAGUAGCAGCAGUUUUUAAUUGGAUUAAUUUGUAAUGAGUGUUUUGCUUAUUAAAACUGUAUUUGUAAUUCUGUGAACUUUGAUUAAAUCAAUUAUCUAGUUGGUAAACGAGCAAAUAGCAUUACACAUUAACAGGACAUACUUGAACAACCAAGCAUUUGUGCAUCAAUUGCACUUUUGAGACUAGUGCAAAAUACAUGUUAAGAGACAGCAAAAAACAUCUUUUACAACAUUUUGCCAGAAAAAUGAAAAAAAUUGACCUUGAACAGUAAGAGUCAACUAUGUUAAGCAAAC